AUGGCAGCAGCUUCCGUCGGCGCCACGUUAUCGCGAGCGCUGGCAACCCACCGCGACCCCUUCCCCGAAUCCUCAUCCGUGGCGCCGUCCUGGUCGUCAUCGCGCGCCGCCGAGGCAGAGGCGAGCCCGGUGUCAACUGAUGGCGGCGCCGAGGAGGACGUGCACGACCUGGAGUCCCCGUGGGUCGCGGCGGCCGAGGCGGAAUCGAGGCUGGAGGAGGCCGCAAUGGCGGCAGCUGCAGCAGCACUCCAUCUUCGCGGCGGGAACGAGGCAGAUGCGGAUGAAAUACGAGACAACCAGCAGCGACAGGACGACGAGCUGAUGGCACUGGAAGCAAUAUAUGGGGAUGAUCUUGCUGUACUAGAAAACAAAGGAGGGCUCCGCUACUUCCAGAUAUACAUACAUUACGAAUUGCAUGAUGGUGUUGAGGUGUGCGCUAAGAUAUCCUUGGCAAAUCGAAAUCGAGAACCAGAAGGAUGUCCUAAUGAUGACACAGAAGAUGAAUUCUGUUACAACUGCAACUUUAACUACCUCCCUCCGUUGAUAUUGACAUGCUUACUUCCAAAAUCUUAUCCUAGCAAAGACCCCCCAUAUUUCACUGUCACCGCUAAAUGGAUGGAUGGGCCUAGUGUUUCUCAACUCUGUGAGAUGCUUGACGCCGCUUGGUCAGACCUUCUGGGCCACGAAGUAGUUUAUCAAUGGGUCGAGUGGAUACGCAAUUCUUCUUUGUCGUAUCUCUGGUUUGAUGGAAAAAUAAUGCUGGGGGAAGACAUUAUUACAACAAAUAAAGGAGAUGUCCGUGCAAUCUCAAGAAGUCUGCCAUUGGAGUCUCUGAUCCCUUCAAUGCUCGGCUACAGUAGUAAGAAACGUCACCAAGAUUUUCUUGAGGAGGUCCAUAUGUGCGUGAUAUGCCUUAACCAGAGCAAAGGCUCAAACUUCAUCAAGCUUCCAUGCCAGCACUUGUUCUGUGUGAAGUGCAUGGAGACCUUAUGCAAGAUGCAUGUGAAGGAAGGCAGUUUGUUUCAGUUAGUCUGCCCUGACACAAAGUGCAAUACUUCCAUUCCACACAAUUUGUUAAAGAGGCUUCUCAGCGUAGAAGAAUUUGAACGUUGGGAUAGGCUUGCUCUUGAGAAAGCAUUGAAGUGUAUGGCAGACGUGGUUUACUGCCCAAAGUGUGAGGUCGGUUGCUUGCAAGAUGACGAUAACAAUGCACAAUGUCCCAAAUGUUCAUUCACCUUCUGCGGCCUUUGCAAGGAACUUUGGCAUCCAGGGAAGCAAUGUCUAACUACAGAACAAAGGCUCCAGCGCCAGAAGGCGUCAGGCAAGUUGACCCAAACGGAGAUGGCACAGGAAAUUCUGAACAUCAGAGAACUGUACAAAGAUGUUCGGUUAUGUCCCACUUGUCGAGUGGCCAUCAACAGAAUCUCAGGCUGCAACAAAAUGAUGUGCACUAGCUGUGGUCAGUUAUUUUGCUUCCGUUGCUGCAAGGCAAUUAGCGGCUACAGCCACUUCAAGAACUGUGGGCUCUUCGAGGCUAGAGAUACCACAGAGUGGGACACCCAAAUGACCCAAAUGCAGAAUGGAAUCCAGGAGCGAGCUCAAAACCAACCAUUGGGCGGCAGCAUAAGGUGCCCUAGAUGCCGUGAAAAAACUUUCAAGGAUGAUGACAAAUAUGUCUUCUGUUGGGCGUGCCGAACAAGCUACUGCACACUGUGCAAACGGGCUGUGGAAGGUAAGAUACUGAAGAGGGGGCACUGGGGAUCGCCGGAAUGCGUGGGGCUUGAAAAUAUGUAGUAGCACCGGCUCCCAUAUUUACAAUUUUUUUGCAGCUUAUGAGUUAUGACUUUUCUAAGUUAUCAUCAUUAUGUUUAUUAGUCAGUUAGUGACUAUACACCAUCGAGUCU